AUGAUUGCCUUGAAGAAACUGUAUGGCGACGAACUGCUCCGCCUAGCAUUAGUAUUAAGCCUUUUAAAGGCUAACCCAGAGGAGUAUCUGGAGAUAGAGACCCAGCAACUGCUCACGGGCCUAAACAUAUCCAACGGCUCCGAUUGGUCUCCGGAGCAGGAGGCCAGGACCUUAAUUAGACCGCGGUACGUCCACCCCAAGUCCCUGGACAACAUACUGAUCAACUAUGAAAGGGAACUCUUCGAGGAGCUAAACUCCUUGGGCCGGUAUAAUUAUCGGAUUAACAAUGACCGGAUGUGGUAUAAUGGUGCGGUACACACGUAUUUAGUUAAUAACGUGUCGACAGUCGCACCGGUACCGCCGAGUGAUACGGAUGAUGCGGCCGUGUCCUCCGACGACAAUGUAGCGCAAGAAGUCAAGAUCAGCGAGGAGGAAGAACAGGAACAACCCAUUGCUGUUGUCACACUAUCCGCGGAUUUCUUCGAGAACCGCACUGAGUCGGAUGUAUUCGCGGAAAUCGCGAGCCGGACCUUCGACGUCAACGAGUUCCUCGUGACGGACGCAAUGCAGAUCAAGAAGGAACAAGACAACGAUAUGAUAGUAAGAGUAAAGAAAGAAGCGGACGAUGAUCUAUACAGCGAUAAUGCGACGGAUGAUUUCGUCCCGUACUUCGCUAAAGCGGAGAAGGACUUAGAAGAAGAUGUGUUCCGCCAGAAUCUAGCUGAUCUCCAAGACUACGAUGAGUUCUUCGAUGAUGUAAAGGAUCUAAGGAGUGGAAUCGAGAAUUUGGAUGUCAAGCAGCAGGAAAAUUUAGAACAGUACCUGCUGGAGAACACUCCGUUAGAAACAGAGAUUUAUGAAUUGGCGCCGAUUUUCGAAGAUGAAUUUGCGUUGGGGGUUAAGAGGGAACGAGCUAGCACUAGUUUUACGUCAGCUAGCUCCAGUGGUGUGAGUGAGAUGGAUGUAUCCGUCAAAGAUGUGGCUACUCCUGAUGUCAAAUUGGAGCCUGAUGAAGGUCAUCAUACUGGGGACGAGUUGACACAAGAGGACAUGGAUCUCAUCGAAGUACUGUGGAAGCAAGAUGUGGACAUGGGUUUCUCCCUGGAGGAUCCUAUGCAACCGGAGGGACCCCAAGCAACCAAAGUCGAAUUGGCCAAAGAGCUGGACAAAGACCUUAAGAUUCAAGAAGAGAAGAAAAUGCAAGAAGAGAACGAGAAGAUUGAAAAGGUCAAGGCGUGUCUUCUUGACCCCGACAACAAAGAGGACGAUCCAUGGGCCGGCCUCUCCUACACCGUCGACACUGAGACAGGUGAAUACGUGAUCCAAGGUGACCUUCCACGUGAUUUGGUUAGCACUGAGGAGUCAAGAUUCGACCUGCUAGAGGAAGCCCUUCAGCUUGUUGAACUCGGUGACGAAGCAGAGACCAAGGAUGAACAGCCAGAGGCGGUAGAGGGAAGCAGCAGUGGAGGGGGCGAGAUGCUGCAUCCGGCGAUGCGGCACAUGCCGCAUCAUCCACUAGCUCAUUAUCAUAACCAGUCGUUGAUGCGGUCCAUGUCCGUAGAGCAGCGCUGGCAAGAUUUAGCAUCGUUGCUGACGAUACCGCCACCACCGGACCAGUACCAACACUACCACCAGCACCCGCAUCCUCACAACAUCAGCCAUGGGGCGGCUGGCUACGCGCCGAACUACCACGCGCCGCACGCGCCGCUUCCGCCGCACCCCGAAAAACUUGCAGAACCAUAUGGUGCGGCCGCCCCAAUCGAAAAUUCAUACAAAGUCGAAUCGGCUCACCAUCCACAGCAACAUGAUGCCAUAUAUUAUCAGAAUUCUACAUCGGAAAUGGCGCCAAAUCAAGAUGGCUUCCUACAGUCCAUAUUGAACGACGAAGAUCUACAACUCAUGGAUAUGGCAAUGAAUGAAGGCAUGUACACGAUGCGCAUGCUGGAUGGUGCGACUGCGCAUGUGCCUCAAAACCACCCACACAUGCCCAUGACCACAGAACGCGACUCUGCGUCCGACAGUGCAGUCUCGUCCAUGGGAUCGGAGCGGGUUCCGUCGCUCUCAGAUGGGGAAUGGUGCGACGGUAGUGAUUCGGCGCAGGAGUACCACAGUUCCAAGUUUCGCCCGUAUGAUGGCGCUUAUGCGAGGGAAAGGAACUCACUCGCACCGCAAAAGAAACAUCAUAUGUUCGGAAAGAGAUGCUUCCAGGAACAACCACAGCUGGAGCCGCUGGUCCCAAGGCCGCCCGUCAAGUACGAAUGCGAGCAGACUUACCACCACGACAGCAUGCAUAUGCACAAUGUUGAGUACAACUCCCGCCACCAGAUAGCCGGGCCUCACGUGACCCCACUUCAGCCCGCUUUGGACCUGAACACAGCCCACUCCAGCCACGCUCUUUUGCAGAGUAACACAACACCUGCACCGACGCAUCGCUACCCGUUGCUCGGGGAGAGGGUGCGUCACAACCACACUUACAGCGCGCCUCUGCCGCCCCCGGACCACCGGCAACCGGUUAGAGACAAAAGAGUGCGGCGUCUGACAGAUGGUAGUAGUUCUGAUGGGUCACCGGGACAUUUGAGUCGAGACGAGAAAAGGGCAAAGGCACUGGGCAUCCCGCUGGAGGUGUCGGACAUAAUAAACCUGCCGAUGGACGAGUUCAACGAGCGCCUCUCGAAGCACGACCUCAGCGAGGCCCAACUCUCGCUCAUCAGAGACAUCCGGCGCAGGGGCAAGAACAAGGUGGCAGCACAGAACUGCCGGAAACGGAAGCUGGACCAGAUCACGUCGCUCGCGGACGAAGUGCGUACAGUGCGCGACCGCAAGAUCCACACGCAACGUGACCACUCCGCGUUGCUCGCCGAACGACAACGCCUCAAGGAGAGGUUCGCGGCGCUCUACAGGCACGUGUUCCAGAACUUGAGAGAUGCAGAAGGCAGACCGCUAUCGUCAGCUCAAUACUCUUUGCAGCAGGCUGCAGAUGGAAACGUUGUUCUGGUGCCCAAAAUGAACCCACAUCAAGACCACAACAUAAACAGGCCGGAAGACGAUAUGGACAGAAAAAAAAGCUACGAGUGA